AACAGCAACUACAACAAUAUUUAGACGCACAUGAACAGUUGUCCCCAGCCCCCUUUCCUUCCUUUCCGUGAAAAUUUGUAAAAUUGUCAUACUUUGAAAGAAAUCAUUGAGGACAUCUGCCUGUAAAAAUGUCUGAUGCGGGAGAUAGAGAUGAUGUUCCAGUUGCUGCUGCCACAGGUGCAAUGGACAUUGAAACUGCUGUACAAGAAGUCCUUAAAACAGCAUUAAUAUACCAUGGUCUUGCUCGUGGGCUGCAUGAGGCGACCAAAGCCUUGGACAAACGUGAAGCUGUCCUUUGCGUAUUAGCUAACAAUUGUGAUGAGAAAAUGUACGUCAAGCUUAUUGAGGCACUUUGUGCUGAGCACACUAUUAAUCUUCUCAAGGUUGAUGAUAAUAAAAAGCUAGGUGAAUGGGCUGGUCUUUGCAAAAUUGACAAAGAGGGACAAGCUAGAAAGGUUGUUGGGUGUAGCUGUGUUGUUGUCAAGGACUGGGGCAAAGAAACACAAGCUCUUGAUGUUGUUAAAGAGUACUUUGCAUCCAAACGUGGUACAUAAAUUUAAAUGGAGUGAAUAAAAUCCCCAUUAAAUUUUAAA